AUGGAUGACUUGGUAGACCGAGAUGCGCCGCAGCUCUCCUUCAAGAUCACCCACUAUACGGAUGCGACACUCCUGGCAACCACCUUUUCGCAUUGCACGUGGGAUGUGUCUGGCGCUCUCGGCUUCAUGAAGGCCCUCCAGCUUGUGCUUGACGGACGAGAAGACGAGGUGCCCCCAAUGCUCGGGGCGUCAAGCGACAUGCUUGCGGAGGUGGCUGGUCUACAUGAAAGGGGCCUUCAGGAGGAUGUGCAACUGAAGCAAAUGAUGAGCCACAGAUCUGGGGACGAGAAGGAGUGUGUGCACAGGAGCCCCCAGCCUAUUUUAGAAGAGCGCCUCAUUGGAAUCCCAAUGGACACGCUCAAACGGCUACGCAGUCUGGUGAUUGCAGAGGACGGGGAUGAGGACACCUGGAUGACGUACCAACCCGACGAGCUAUUCGUGGCCCUGGUCGUACAGCAGAUCGCAAGAGCGAGCCCGACGCCGCGCUCGAUCAACAUGAUGAACAUCCUUAACGCGCGGCUGGUCGUACCAUCUCUGUCCAAGGCCAGAGGAGUCUACACGCAGAACAUGGUGUUGCUCGCGCCAAACAAGCUGUCACCGAACACUACGGCGGGCGGCUUGGGGCCCAUCGCCGUCUCUCAGCGCGCGUGCAUCGGGGGUUUCACCACGCAGGCUAACAUAGCGCGGUCGCUCCGCACAUUCCUCGGCGCCAUACAGGCCGGUGUCGACACUACCGCCCUGACGAGCAGCGACGACGACGCGGCGCCGCUGCUCAUCAACAACCUGGUGCGCUUCACCAACGAGCUGGACAUUGACCUCAGCUCGGCGGUUCUGCGUCAGGGCGAGGGCUCUGCGACGAGAAACAACGCUCUCGGGACGGUCGACUUCUGCUAUUUGACGAUUAAGAACCCGUACGAUAUGAUGCGCAUCACGACUUUGGGCGCUUAUGAUGGCACUGCGUGCUGGAUGUUCGGGGAGCUUCCUGCUCGGGCCUGGGAGCUGCUGCAGGAGACUCUCGAUGAGCUAGGGCAAUAA